AUGCUUGAAUCACCCUCGUCAGAGCGCGCCCUCAUUCUCUCCAUAAUUGCAAAGGCUCUAGGUGUGCCGGUGGAAAGCAUCGACACGUCGAAAUGCUUCAUGGGCCUGGGAGGCCAUUCCAUAUCGGCAGUCGAAGUUCAACACGCAUGCAGACUUACUGUCUCGAAGCCGCCAACGGUAUUGGCGCUGCUCACAUCACCCUCUAUUGAAGAGCUGUUGCCAACCGGAGAUACCCAGGGCUCGUUUCAAGAAGGUGCGGUAGCGCCAGACAAGUCGUCUAGCACCGUUGUGCAAGUUACAGAAUGCGAAGAGCUUUCGUCGUCGGAAGAGUCUGCUGCAAGUCCCGCCUACUCGAGUGUUUCGGAGGAAGAUGGUGCGGAGAUAGAUUUCGACAUGGCGCAAUCCACACUUUCGCACCAGCCAAGCGAAUUAGUGGUUCCAUUGCUAUACCCAGAAGGAGCGGCGGAUGGACAGAUACUGGAUGCAGAUUCGGCACCGGCAACUGAUCUGCAAGCUGCUUUCAUCCAAAGUGGCCAGAGCACCAUUCACUACUUCGAGACAUGGCAUCUUGAAGACUUGCCUGUCUUGAAAUAUGCAUGGAAGAAGGUCUUAGCCAUAGAACCAAUCUUCCGGACGGUUUUUCAUGAAGCCGGCCCCGGCGCAUACACGAUGCGCAAGGGAGAGAUUGAAAUCCCGUGGACGGAAGUGGUGACGUUUGAUCGCAAGGCGUACGAGGAAGAAUUGACAAGGGUAGAGGCGCAGUCUCAGCCGACUUUCAUGUUCAAGAGUGUGGUAUACAAGGCGCCGCGAAGCAGCAAUGGCAGGCGUAGUGACAGUGAAGCCAGUAUCGUGCUUUCCAUCCACCAUGCGCUCUUGGACGGGUUCGCCAUGGAGCGGUUGGCUGACAAGGUCCGGCGGAUAGCAGUGGGAGAGACAGGGGUAGAAGCAGGGAAGUCGUUCUUGUCGAUAGCGCGAGAGCUCGAGAUGGUGAAGAGGGAGCAUGGAGCAGCGGCGACAGAGUAUUGGAGCAAGCGUGUGCAAGGCCAUCUGGGAGCGGCUACCGGUCCAGGUUUGCGAAGACCAAUGCAAGAAGAGGGAAGAAGAGGUGGACAGCAUGUUCGCCACGAAGUCAACGUGGACUUUGAAUACGUGGGCGAGCGGUUGCAGGAAAGGUCCAAGGAACUGGGCGUGACAGUGGCCGCGUUCUUCCACACGGCAUGGGCAGUUGUGCAGGCCAUGUAUGCCGACAGCAGUCACGUAGUCUUUGGAACCAUCAUGAGCGGGCGAAACAUAGCCAUGGAUGGCGUCGACACGGUCAUUGGGCCACUGCUCAACUCGCUGCCGAUUCACGUGAGCGUGAAUGAGGAGAUGACAACGGACGAGAUGGUGCAAGGCGUCUUCAGCGAUCUCGUCGAGCUCUCGUGUUAUCAAUGGAGCACGCCCGAGCACGGCUUCCAGCGCGACUUCGAGGCAGCCCUGUCGGUCACGCGUGGGCUCGACAGCGCGCGGUCACGUGACGUCAUGUGCCCCAUCCGGCCGGUCCGAUACGACUUCGAGAGCAGCAUCCCGUUGAGCUUGGCGCUGGACGAAGCGGCCAUGACGCUGCGUGCCGUAUACCAUGCUGACAAAUACGCACCCUCGGCAGUCGAGGACAUGGCUGCAUGUCUCGUGAGCGCGCUGGAACGACUGGCCCAACCGACACGGAUGCGGGAAUGCAUUGAUGGCGUCUUGACAGUGCCCAUGCAGGGGCGACUGCGUAGGUGGGGGAACUGCGUAUCCGGAUGCACGACGCGUGCCGCCCACCAGCGGGAGGAUCUGGUGUCUGUGUUCGAGGCCGCGGCGCGCGAGCACGCAGAGGGCGUAGCUGUGGAGGUGGGCACCACAUGCGUCACGUAUGCUGAGCUCGACCGGUUGGCUUCGCGCACUGCCGAGACGCUCAGGCAGCUUGGAGUCGAUGGUCAGGUCGUGUGCGUGCAUGCCGACGGCAGCCUGGAAUGGAUCGUAGGCCUAUUGGGUGCGUUGAAGGCAGAGGCGACAUUCUGCAGUCUCGACGUGACACUGCCGCAUGAGCUGCGCAGCGACAUGUUUCGAGCUUCGGGGAGUCGUGUCUUUGUCGUCGGGCAGGAAUGGCAGAGGAAAUUUGUCCCCGACGAUUGCGUCCACUGCCUCGUACAGGAACCCAUGUUUAUGUCAGCACCAGCGCCAGUCACAGCGGCAGAUGCGCCCGAGCAGCUUGCUAGCCGGAAACGGCGCCCGCUGGCGCCGGCCUACCUCUGCUUCACAUCCGGCUCGACCGGCAAGCCCAAGGGCGUCCUUUGCACACACCAGGCCCUCGUUGCCUUUCAAACCGACGUCGAAGUGCGACUCCAUGCUGCGCCCGGCGUUCGAAUCGCCCAAUUCAUGUCACCCGCCUUCGAUGGCAGCAUCCACGAGACUUUCUCCGCCCUCAGCUAUGGCGCCACACUGGUUUUGCGCCCCACUGCCUCCGCGGCAGACCCCUUCGACGUGCUCCAUCGCGUCAGCAGCGCUAUCAUGACGCCAUCAGUGGCGCAGUCUCUGCUCCCCACCGACUUUGAUAAUCUCGAGACAGUCUACCUUGUCGGCGAACAAGUUCCCCAGACGGUCGUCGAUCAAUGGGCACCCGGCCGCAAGCUAUACAACAUGUAUGGCCCCACGGAAGGAACCGGUGGCGCCACAAUCACGCGCCUCUACCCGCGCCGGCCCGUCACCAUCGGCCGCCCCAACCCAACUUCCCGUCUCUAUAUUCUCGGGAGGGACCGUCGUCUCCUUCCCCCCGGUGCGGUCGGCGAAAUCCACAUCGCAGGUGUGCAGGUGGCUAUUGGCUAUGCAAACUUGCCCGUUGAGACGGCUGCGCGCUUCGUCCCCGACACGCUGAGUCCAGGCCUUGGCGAGUACAUGUAUCGCACCGGUGAUUACGGCUACUGGGACCACAAAGGUGACGUCGUAUGUCUGGGUCGUAGGGACCGUCAGCUCAAAUUGCGCGGCUUUAGGCUCGACCUGGAUGAUCUCGAGACACGCAUUGUCAAGGCUUUGCCCGAUAUCAAGGCUGUGGCUCUUACAAAGUCUGCCAGGGGAGAUAGCUUGGUCGCCAUGGUCCAGCCAGCCAGUCUUGCUCAAGACACCGUCAGAGACGUCCUGUUAAAGGUGUUACCGAGAGCUGCCGUACCGUCUGCCAUUGCCUGCGUCGAUACAUUCCCCUUGACAAGAGCCGGCAAGGUUGAUGCACAGGCCAUCACAGCUACCCUCGCAGCGCAUUAG